UAUCGUGUGCCUAGAAACAGGAGGCAAUGAAGAAUUGGUUUUUGAGUUUAAAAAGAGGAGCAAAGGCAGGUUAUAUCUGUCCAUUGCUUCUUCUGUUUAUAUACUUUUUGUCACAAGGAGAAUGUUCCACCUUCAAUGAAAACUAUGCUAUCUCAUGGGGAGGUGACCAUGUUAAAUUGUCAAAUGAUGGACAGACAGCACAGCUCCUUAUGGACAGAGUUUCAGGUUCUGGUUUCGCCUCGAAAAAUCAAUACUUGUUUGGGAGCUUUAACAUGAAAAUUAAGCUGGUCCCUGGAAAUUCUGCAGGGACAGUAACUGCAUAUUAUAUGUCGUCAGACUCAUCGUCCCAUGACGAAGUAGACUUUGAAUUCCUUGGAAACCUGCAAGGAAAGGAUUACAUUCUACAAACCAACGUUUUUGCAGGGGGUGUCGGAAACAGAGAGCAAAGAAUUCGUCUCUGGUUUGAUCCAUCUGCAGACUUCCAUAAUUAUUCAAUUCUUUGGAACCAAAAGCAAAUAGUAUUUGGUGUGGAUUCAAUACCCAUCCGCGUGUUCAAGAACAAUGAAGGAGUUGGGGUGGCAUAUCUAAAGAAUCAACCAAUGAAAAUCAUCUCCACCCUUUGGAAUGGGGAAGACUGGGCCACAGAUGGAGGAAAAAUGAAAAUAGAUUGGAGUAAAGCUCCCUUCAUUGCAUCUUAUCAGGCCUUUGAAGUGGAUGGGUGUAUGGCAUCUGCUCAGUCGUGCAGUGGGCACUGGUGGGAGCAACCGGAAUUUCAGGGCCUAAGUCAAAACCAACUCAACGGUCUUAAAUGGGUGGAAAGAAAUUAUAUGUUAUAUGACUACUGCAAGGAUAAAUCAGGAAGGUUUUCCAGUGCUCCGCCUGAAUGUGCAAUAAACCCCUGAACAUGGAGAUUCUGUAAAGUGUUUAUAAUCCCAGAUUUCUAAUAAGACUUUUCGAAUAUAAUGAUGCAAAAUUCCCAUUAUUGUUGGCUAUGCUACCCUAGUUUUCUAUAUUUAUGCUCGUCAACAUGGGUUGAU